AUGCAUCUCCUUCCGGCUCUCGACUCUCCCACCUCUUCCCUUGCUGCGACAACGGGCAACAAUCGGGCUCAGCCUCGGAAAGACGCCGGAGCCUCUGCCGCCAUGACGAUGAACUCAAAGCCAGAACUGGUGGCCGAGGCGCAGGCCGCCGAACCCAAUGCGCCCCCCGGAUGGUCCAUGGCAGCGCCUUACAAAUUCCCCAUCGACAAGCUGAAGCGCCGUACAACUCAUGCCGACUUCAACCCCCUCGUCCUGGUCGCUUGCGGCAGUUUCUCCCCCAUCACGAUGCUGCACGUGCAGAUGUUCGAGAUGUCGGCCAAGUACAUCGAGGAGCACCCUCAGUUUGAGGUUGUGGGCAACUACUUGUCACCGGUCAGCGAUUCCUACACUGCCAAGGCGCUCACCCCGGCAUAUCACCGUCUGGCCAUGUGCGAACUAGCAGUCAAGGACACUGAUAUCAUGGUUGAUCCCUGGGAGGCUUCGCGUCGUGACGAACAAGGCAAGCCCGUCUACACCAGGACGGCAGAUGCCCUUGCCCAUUUCGAUCACGAGAUCAACAACGUCUUGGGCGGCAUCCAAGCUCCAGAUGGGACGUACAAGCGAGCCCGGGUUGCCCUGCUUAUCGGUGCUGAUGUUGCCAUGACUAUGGGUGAUCCGAAGGUCUGGGCCCCGGCAGACAUUGACGCCAUCUUUGAGGACUUUGGUGUCUUCAUUGUCGAACGGCCGGCUCAAGCCGACAUCGAGAAGGUGCUGGUGCCUCUGAAGAAGUACAAGAAGGUGUGGGUCGUGCCGUCUUUCAUCAACGACGUCAGCUCCACCAAAGUCCGGGCACAUCUGAAGAAUGGCCACAGCGUCCGGGACUCGGUUGAUGAGUUGGUCAUUGACUACAUCAGCAACAAUGGGUUGUAUCAAGGACCAGGCCGAUGA